AUGGGUUGGCUUUCGCUUCUCACGGCUCCUUUGUCAUUCCUUUACGGGCUUACAGUAACAUCGCUGUCUUACUUGUUGGCAUCUCUUCUCUUCAUCGCAUCACCGGUGAUCUACGUCGGACGAAUUGUUCUAUACUUGACUUUGCUUCCGCUGCAAAUUUUAAUCAAAUUGGAGGCAUUCAUUUGUUUCAUGACUGGAGCCGUAUUGAUCGGAGCUACCAUAGGCAUGAUCCUAUAUUUCACCGGCAAUAUCAUCUCGCAAGUCCUGAAAAUUGAAGACUCACCUGAACAACCGUGGAAUCGUGUGAAAGAAGAGUCACGAGAGUCUAUAGCUUCAACACCAGAGGAACCAGAACUGCCCUUCGACUAUUGGGAGAUGCAGAAGAAGGACACGAAAUACCUCCCCUACUCGACGAUCUUAGAGGAGGAAGAGAAUAGUAAUGGGUCAGAAUGA